CGCGCGCUCAUCACAACGGACACGAGUGCUUAACGCUCCUGCGUCAAUUCUACCAAGGAAGCAAAGCAACCAAAAGUUACUUAUCAUACAAAUUGCAGUCUUUUACGUUUAUGCGCUUGAAUCCUUCGUGUCAAACAUAUCGGCCUGAGUCAGAGUGGUGUGAUCACUACAUUGUGAUUAAGUGCGCUGUUUCCGCCAGUAUUUAUAUGGCAGAUUUAUCGUUUUUCGAGCAAGGAUAAAGGUUGAGUGCAUACAAAAGUGCGUUGUGAAAGCUUUUUGCUGUGUGUGAAUUGUUUGUCUCUUUUCGUUUCGUUGCUUAACGUACUUUUUGGGUUUCGGUGGGUUUUAUUCUUACGUGCAGUGAGUUCUACCCAAAGAAGCAAACAUUUAGGGGGUAGGGAGUAAAAGGAAACAAUCUUAAGAAGGGGGUUCUGUGCUGUGAAAAAAAGGAAGUGUGUGAGAAAAACCAUCCCGACUUACUAGUGAUUUGUGUGCGCAUCAAGGGGUGAGUGUUUGUGGCACCCAACAACAACAACAAAAAACUCUAACACAACAAUAAUGCGUGACUUUGUGAGCUUGUUCGGAAGCCAGUAUCAAACCAUUUUUGGCGGCGGUCCUAGCUGUGCCGGGGGUAAUGGGAGCAGUUUGGGGGGAAGCAGUGGCGAUUGUUGCUCGUCAUCGGCCGGAAGUUCCGGUACGCCACAGCGAAGGCGUUCGGUAAGCCUUGGACCAUUCCGGCGUCGCAUGCGGAGCGAAUUUUCACUGCUCGACUACUUCUUCCACCAACCGAAACAUGGCCGACAUACGCGCCAACCAAACCGAACGUUUAUGCUUAUGGCUGCCGGCUUCAUGUUCAUCAUCUGCGGGGCACUCGUACACAUCCUUGAUCCCUAUUUGCUAGUAUUUAAAUGGAAAUUAAUCUUCCAAGAAGGGUCGGAAAUAUUCAACCUGUGGCGCACACCGCCAGUCGAUCUGUACAUCAAGAUCUACCUUUUCAACGUUACCAACGCGGAAGACUUUAUGGCGGGCCGGGCCGAAAAGAUGCAGAUCGAGGAAGUUGGCCCCUACGUUUACAGAGAGCUGAUGUCGCACGACAACAUUACGUUCAAUGAGAAUGGAACGCUUUCAACGCGUCCGCAUCAUCCGUUGAUCUUUCAGAAGGGUUUGUCGGGCAAUUUGCGUGAGGAUGAUGUAUUUAUGAUGCCAAACAUUGCACUGCUGAGUAUAGCACAUGUAGCCGCCAAACAACCGUAUUUUCUCCGAUGGCCAAUCAAUUUGCUUAUACGGCAAACUAAGGUGCAACCGCUGGAACGUCAGACGGCUAAAGAGUUUAUGUACGGCUAUCCAACCACUCUAACCACUCUCGGUUAUACUUUUCUUCCCAACUGGAUAUCGUUCGACAAAGUGGGCUUGAUCGAUCGGAUGUAUGAUUUCGACGAUGAUUUUGAAACAUUCUUCACCGGUGAAACAUCAGCAAGCGUGUCGGGACUGUACGAUACCUAUCUCGGAUCACCGGACCUAGCCCAAUGGAAUGGAACGCACUGCAGUAACAUUCGGAACGCAUCCGAUGGUACCAAAUUUAAGAGUUUCAUCGAACCCGACGAUAAGUUGCUGUUUUUUCGGAAAAGCAUGUGCCGGGCACAGGUCCUGAUUCAAAAUGGGACAGAUUAUGACGUGGAUGGUCUAAAGGCAACCAAAUUCGUUUUUGAAGAUAACGCACUCGAUAAUGGAGAAUUUGAUCGGCGCAAUAAGUGUUACUGUCGGCAAGGCACUUGUUUACCCCGUGGAUUGAUCGAUGUAACUAGCUGCUACUACGGAUUUCCGAUCGCUCUAAGCUAUCCACACUUCCUUGAUGCAGAUCCCAAAGUGUUGUCACAUGUGAACGGUUCCCGACCGGAUCCAAAAUUGCAUCGGAGCCAUUUUAUGAUCAACCCGGUGUCGGGACUUCCGCUGGAGCUUUCGGUCAAGUUCCAGAUCAACAUGGUGCUUAACGAUCUGAGCAGUAUGGCACACUGUGAGAAGUUCUCCAACCUCGUCGUACCGACACUCUGGUUCGAAAUUAUGAUGCCAGGACUGCCGAAGACGCUGCUAUCCCGCUUCAUUUUCUAUCUGAAGAUUCUACCGUUCGGCGAUCAGGUGGUAAAACACAGUCUGCUUGCGUUCGGUGGCAUUCUGCUGCUCGUUGCCAUUACGAAGGUAUCACUAACGCUCUCGUCCGCGUAUUCCUCCGCGUACCGCAUUUCCAAUGAGCUGAGGGAAAGCUUAUGGUAGUGGGUACAACACACGAAACAAAAAAAAACAUACACCCACACACAUACACAGCAGGCCAAAACUGAAGUGCUUUCUUCAGACAAGCAUUGAAACUAGUUUGUAGCAUAUUGCAGCUAAUAGUUUAAGUUUUGUAAGUAAUUUAAGGUUUACUGUUAAUAAACUGGCUAAAGAGAA